AUGGAAGCUCCGCUGACAGCUGCCCAGAUCCGGCAGCGCUUCAUUGACUUCUUCCAGGCCAACCAGCACAGCUAUGUGCACUCCUCCUCCACCAUCCCCCUGGACGACCCCACACUGCUCUUUGCCAAUGCUGGCAUGAACCAGUUCAAGCCUAUCUUCCUCAACACCAUCGACCCCUCGCACCCCCUGGCCAGGCUCUGCAGGGCCACCAACAGCCAGAAGUGCAUCCGGGCAGGGGGCAAGCACAACGACCUGGACGACGUGGGGAAGGAUGUCUACCACCACACCUUCUUUGAGAUGCUGGGCUCCUGGUCCUUCGGGGACUACUUCAAGGAGCUUGCUUGUAAGCUGGCCUUGGAGCUUCUGACCAAGGAGUUUGGCAUCCCUGCUGCCAGGCUCUACGUCACCUACUUUGGUGGCAAUGAGGCUGCAGGCCUGCAGCCAGACCUGGAGUGCAAGCAGAUCUGGCUGGACUUGGGGCUGGCUGAGGCCAGGAUCCUCCCUGGCAGCAUGAAGGAUAACUUCUGGGAAAUGGGAGACACAGGCCCCUGUGGCCCUUGCAGUGAGAUCCACUAUGACAGGAUUGGGGACAGGGAUGCUUCCCACCUGGUCAACCAGGAUGACCCCAACGUGCUGGAGAUCUGGAACCUGGUGUUCAUCCAGUUCAACAGGGAAGCUGAUGGCACACUGAAGCCUCUCCCUAAGAAAAGCAUCGAUACUGGGAUGGGCCUGGAGAGGUUGGUGUCUGUCCUGCAGAACAAGAUGUCCAACUAUGACACUGACCUCUUCCUGCCUUACUUUGAAGCCAUCCAAAAGGGCACCGGCGCCAGGCCGUACCAGGGCCGUGUGGGGGCACAGGACACCGAUGGCAUCGACAUGGCCUACCGGGUGCUGGCCGACCACGCACGGACCCUGACGCUGGCGCUGGCCGACGGCGGCCGCCCCGACAGCACCGGCAGAGGGUACGUGCUGAGGCGCAUCCUGCGGCGCGCUGUGCGCUACUCCCACGAGAAGCUCAAUGCCCCCAAGGGCUUCUUUGCCACUCUGGUUGAUGUGGUGGUGGAGUCAUUGGGAGAUGCCUUUCCUGAGCUGAAGAAGGACCCAGAGCUGGUGAAAGACAUUAUCAAUGAAGAAGAAGAUCAGUUCCUGAAAACACUCAUCAGAGGACGUCGCAUCCUGGACAGGAAGAUCCAGAGCCUGGGGGACAGUAAAACCAUCCCUGGGGACACUGCCUGGCUGCUGUACGACACCUACGGCUUCCCUGCCGACCUGACGGCGCUGAUCGCCGAGGAGAAGGGACUGGUGCUGGACAUGGAGGGCUUCGAGGAGGAGCGCAGGCAGGCACAGCUCAAAUCCCAGAGCAAGGGUGCUGGAGGAGAGGACCUCCUCAUGCUGGACAUCUAUGCCAUCGAGGAGCUGAGGGCACAGGGGCUGGAGGUGACAGAUGACUCCCUGAAGUACAGCUACACCUCGGACUCCAGCGGCACCUACGGCUUCGGCUGCCCGGUGGGCAGGGUGCGGGCACUGCGCAGGGAGAAGCGGUUCGUGGAGGAGGUGCUGAGCGGGCAGGAGUGCGGCGUGGUGCUGGACAGGACCUGCUUCUAUGCCGAGCAGGGCGGCCAGGUCUACGACCAGGGCUACAUGGUCAAGGAGGAGGACUGCCAGGAGGAUAGGACAGAGUUCACGGUGAAGAACGUGCAGGUGCGGGGAGGAUAUGUGCUGCACACAGGGACCCUCUACGGCAGCCUGAGAGUAGGAGACGAGGUGCAGCUGUCCAUCGACGAGGCCAGGCGCAGGCCGGUGAUGAGCAACCACACAGCCACCCACGUGCUGAACUUCGCCCUGCGCACAGUGCUGGGGGAGGCAGAGCAGAGAGGCUCCCUGGUGGCUCCUGACCGCCUGCGCUUCGACUUCACUGCCAAGGCUGCCCUGACCACCCAGCAGCUGAAGGAGGUGGAGAGCAUUGCCAACCAAAUGAUCCAGGAGGCCAAGCCUGUGUAUGCCAGGGAGUGCCCCCUGGCAGCAGCCAAGGCCAUCCAGGGGCUGAGGGCAGUGUUUGAUGAGACCUACCCCGACCCAGUGCGAGUGGUGUCCAUCGGGGUGCCAGUGGAGGAGCUGCUGGCUGACCCCUCCGGCCCCGCUGGCGCCACCACCUCCGUCGAGUUCUGCAGCGGCACGCACCUGCAGAACUCCAACCACGUUGGUUCCUUCGUCAUUGUCUCAGAGGAGGCCAUAGCCAAGGGGGUCCGCAGGGUGGUCGCUGUCACCGGGGCCGAGGCUCGGAAGGCCCUGCGGAAGGUGGACAGCCUCAGGAAGCUGCUGGUAGCCCUGGAGGCCAAGGUGAAGCUGCAGACAGCUCCCAACAAGGAUGUGCAGAAGGAGAUCACUGAGCUCAGCGAGUGCCUGGCCACUGCUGUCAUCCCUCAGUGGCAGAAGGAUGAGCUGAGGGAGGCUGUGAGAGGCCUGAAGAAGGUGAUGGACGACCUGGACCGAGCCAGCAAGGCUGACAUCCAGAAACGAGUGCUGGAGAAGACCAAGCAGGUCAUUGAGAGUCACCCAAACCAGCCACUGGUCAUCAUGGAAAUGGAAAAUGGAGCCUCAGCAAAGGCCCUGAACGAGUCCCUGAAGCUCUUCAAGACCUGCUCCCCCCAGACGGCUGCCAUGCUCUUCGCCGUGGACCCUGAGGCUGGCAGGAUCACCUGCCUGUGCCAGGUGCCCCAGGAGGCCGCCAACAAGGGCCUGAAGGCCAGCCAGUGGGUGCAGGAGGUGUCUGCCCUGAUGGACGGCAAGGGCGGGGGGAAGGACGUCUCGGCGCAGGCCACGGGCAAGAACGUAGGCUGCCUGCAGGAGGCUCUCCGGGUGGCCACGGACUUUGCCCAGCUGCGGCUCGGGGAGCUGAAGAACUGA